ACACUUGAAAGCUCAGCUAGAGUUUGCUUCUGAUCACACUGACAAAGAAGAGUUUUAGAGGAAAGUCCUGUGAUCCCCAAACAUCUUAGAAACUCGCUUUCAAAGCAAAUAGUUACUCUGGAUGGCAUCACGUUGGCCUCCAGUUCUACUGUGAGGAAUCUUGGUGUUAUUUUUGACCAGGACAUGUCCUUUAACUCACACAUAAAGCAAGUCUGUAGGACUUCCUUUUUUCACUUGCGUAAUAUUGUAAAAAUCAGGAACAUUCUGUCUCAGAGUGAUGCAGAAAAAUUAGUCCAUGCUUUUGUUACUUCCAGGCUUGACUAUUGCAAUUCCUUAUUAUCGGGUUGUCCAAAUAGCUCUCUUAAACAUCUACAGUUGAUCCAAAACGCUGCUGCGAGAGUACUGACAGGAGUUAGCAAAAGAGAUCAUAUUUCCCCUAUACUUGCUUCUCUUCACUGGCUUCCUGUUAAAUCCAGAAUAGAAUUUAAAAUCCUUCUUCUGACAUAUAAAGCUCUUAAUAACCAAUCUCCAUCAUAUCUUAAAGAUCUGAUAGUACCUUAUUAUCCUAGUAGAACUCUUCGCUCUCAAACUGCUGGCUUACUUGUUGUUCCUAGAAUUUCUGAAAGUAGAAUGGGAGGCAGAGCCUUCAGUUAUCAGGCGCCUCUCUUGUGGAACCUGCUCCCAGUUUGGGUUCGGGAGGCAGACACCCUCUCUAUUUUUAAGACCAGGCUUAAAACGUUCCUUUUUGACAAAUCUUAUAGUUAGGGCUGACUGGGUGACCCACAGGGGUUCGGCCUGUGUCUUCAUUGCACAGCUGACUCCCUCUUGGACGUCCCUUCGUUCUGCCUCUAGUCAUGCUGCUAUAGGCCUAUAGGCUGCUGGGGGACUUUUCUUGACGCACUGAGCCCUUCUCUAUCUACCUUUACAUUUAAUAUGUAUACCGUUAUUGCAGUACAUUCACUCUGUUUGCCCCUGUGCUAUUUCUCCGAGUGUCCCUGGUCCCAGAGCUGGAUGCUUCAGAUCUGCGGUUGAUGUUCCACCAGCUGGUCUAGUCUCCACCAUGUCCACUGUGAGAUGCUGCUGCUGACCUUCCUCCAGCCCUCCGCUUCCAACUCCCCUUUUCCACCAGUCAACUCUGCAUUGCCUUCACUAUACUUGUUAUGCUAAUCUACAUACUGUUUGAAUUUUACUGCUCGCUAUAUAUGGAGUAUGUUUCAUGUCAGAGCCGUACAUCAUAAGAGUAAACUAUGAGUCAGUUUUCAAUGUUAGCUUAUACUUUGUUUGUGUCACAUAUCCUGUCAUACAUGUAUCCAAAUGUGUGUUGAGUUUUCCUUGCUUUCCCACCCCUCCCUCUUCUCCCAUCCCUCCCCCUUGCCCUCCUCUGUCCUUCUCAACCCGCCCGGCCAGCAUGCAGAUGGGUCCCCCCUAUAUAGAGCCGGGUUCUGCUCGAGUUUUCUUCCCUGUUAAAAGGGUGUUUUCCUUGCCACUGUCGCCUUUGGGCUUGCUCUGGGGGUCAGGCAUUUGGGUUCUGUAAAGCGUCUUGAGACGAUUUGACUGUAAUUGACGCUAUAUAAAUAAAAUUGAAUUGAAUUGAAUUGAAUUGAAUUGAAUUGAAUCGGAUGAAACUACAGUAAAAUUAAGAAAAAAGAGAGAAGGGGUGGUCACCAUUCAAACAGGAAGAGAACUCUAUAUGAUAUGUUUCUUACUUCCUCAUUGACUUCACAGAGCGUUACGAUGGAGCGCACUUCAUUUUUAUGGGCUGUUGUUCUGGUAUCUAUUCUGGUAUUUAUGCAAGGGUCCAGCGCUGUGCCUCGUGUGUUUGUGCAGAAGGGAAAAGAUGUUCUUCUGGAAGUCCCAAAAUCUUUUGCUCCUCAACAAAAUGAUAUUCUUACAUGGAAAUUUAAUGCAAGCAACAAUUUAGUAAGAUUUAUUCCUGAGACAGUGCCAAAGAUCUUUGAUAAUUACGCUGGAAGGGUUUCUGUGACAAAUUUUUCUGUGAAACUGAAGAAUUUACAAGCAGCCGACAGUGGAGUUUAUGAAGCACGAGUGUCAGGGGACAAAGAUCGAACAAUAGCUGAAUACAGCGUCACAGUUCAAGAUCCAGUGUCUCCAGUUGAGCUGAAUGUGGACUCUGUGUUAAGCAGAUCAGACUCUUGUAUCAUCAAUGCAACCUGCAGAACAGAGGACUCUGACAUCAGCAGCAGCUUUAGAUGUGUUAAUCAAACCUGUGAUCAGGACGGAGGAGAACAAUCAAAGACCACAAACUCUGGAGCUUCUCUCAGUAUUUACCUGUCGAAUGUAUCGAUCUUCUGCAACCACAGCAACCAGGUCAGCUGGACUGAAAACAUGAAAAAGAUUCAAGAUUUCUGCAAACUAGAUCCUGAGCGUCAUCCACUUCGCACCAACGUCACUCCCAUUGUGACUCCGAUUGUGAUUGUGAUUGUGAUUGUUGCCAUCAUAAUUGCUGUUGCAAUUGUACGUCAUCGUCAAAAGAGGAGACAAUAUAACACAGAGAACACUGAAAAUACAAUCUAUGCAACUCCUCAGGCUGAAACUACCCAAACUCGGGAUGAGAUUUCACCCAGUGAUGCUUCAUGUGUGUCUCCAACGUCCACCUACAGCUUGGUAGGGCCUCACUCUAGACCUGUUGAAACAAGAGACAAACCACUGCCAGAGAGCCUGUAUGCUACAGUAGAUAAGCCAGCCAAGGUAGAGAAGCCAGCCAGGCCCUGCAAAAAUCUUCAGGAUAUAGUGUAGUUUACAUGCUGGUCUUAUCAGUUUCCAAUUUGCUUCUUGUACUGUAGCAUAUUUAUUGCUGCCUAAUGGGGUUGGAGUUAAUGGUUUUGAAAACAGCUAUGAAUGUCAGGCUGUAGCAUGGAUAAAGAAAAAGAAACAUUAUUUGGAUGGACUGGAUCGACAUAUUAUUGUUGGUAAUGGCAUCAACUUCAUACUGUGUGUAGCUUAAAGUCAAAUUUCUCCGUUAGUUGAUUUAAAACUUAAUUGAAGUUGAGGUAACCAAAUGAAAUCGACCUGACAACCUAAAUUUUCUUCACCUUAACAUGCAUGGACAAUUUCAAAUAGUUUGGACUGGGAUUUAAACAUAGCUUGCAUUGUUUAGGAAAAACUAAUUUCUCUUGCUCAACCUAUUUUGUUGAUUGAAUUUCAUUUUAUUAGAAACUGAAACAGGUUGAUGCAAACAGCUGUGUUUUCUUGAGCCUAAAUAUUACAUUUCAAAGUGGAGCACUGAAAAAAAUCAUUUGCCAACACAGUGUUUGGUUGAAUGGUAGCCAGGGAAGUCAAAGGCCCUUAUGGAACAAUAUGAAAGUUUCAAGUUGGGAACCUGAUGUACAAAUUUUUGAAAUACAGCGGAGGGAUUGCAAGGCAGUGAAUUAAAUGUUGAGGACAAUGGACAAUGUGACGCUUCUGUAUUCUACAAGAAACAAUUUAAAAGUUUGGAGAUGUAGCUUUGAAGUAUUUAUACCGUUAUGCCAGUGUUUUCUUUAUUUCUUAUUGUAUCUCCUAUUUUUUAUAUCUAUGUUGUUUAAUAUAUUUUCUGAAUGUAUUUUAUGUAUUUUAGUUUCAAGAUUGUUUUACUGCAAACAAAAAGUUUCAUCAGAGUCCAACACUACCAGUCAAAAGUUUGGACACACCUUCUCAUUCAGUGGUUUUUAUUUAUUUGCAUUAUUUUCUACAUUGUAGAUUAAUACUAAAGAUUCACAUUUUUUGUUAACAUAAUUCCAUAUGUAUUCUUUUAAUGUUUUGAUGUCUUCAGUAUUAAUCUACAAUAUAGAAAAUAAUUAAAUAUGAACCAUUGAAUGAGAAGAUGCGUCUAAACUUUUGACUGGUACUAUACAUUUCAAUUUUGUACUUGUACUGUCUAAAAGCUUGAAUUACAUCAUUUUGUCUGUGGCAGCAGUGACUGAACCUUAAGAAGUUUGUGCUGCAACGUUUUAGCUGUUUUGAAUAUGUGGAUUAAAAGAGGUAUAUUUUUGCUUGAACAAGCUUCAAAGUCA